AUGGGGAAGAAGCAGGCCAAGGCAAAGCAGGGCGCUGCGGAAAGCAGCGGAGGUGGGGACAACAAACCAAAAGGGGCCAGCCAAGUGAAAGUGAGGCACAUUCUGUGCGAAAAACUCGGCAAGGCUAAUCAGGCGUUGGAAAGGAUACAAGCUGGGGAAGCGUUUGAAGCGGUUGCACAGCAACUGUCAGAGGACAAGGCAAGGCAGGGAGGUGAUCUAGGGUGGAAGCGCAAGGCCGAGCUGGUUGGGCCAUUCGCUGAUGCAGCCUUCAAGCUUGAGGUGGGUCAAAUGACGCCAGCACCUGUCAAGAGCGAAUUCGGAUAUCACCUAAUACUGUGCGAAGGGCGUAAAUGA